UCACAUUCGGGAUCUGUAAUUAAAUCUGUGCGUUUUUUUUUUGUUUUCUAAAUUUGAAAGGUUAUUUAAGAAAAUAAUUUACAGUUAUUCGAAGUAUUGGCCAUCUGAAGCUAUAACAUUUUUCCAUCUUUCCGGCAAUUUGUGGAUUCCACCCAUUUGUAUUUCAUCUGCGGUUCUCUACGUUUUACAGAACAUGCUGCUGGGUUCGCAGAUCAAUGAAAAUCUUUUACGAUAUCAGCAAGAUAUUUCACAUAUAUCUAUGUAUAUAUAUGCUUUAGAGAUCACGCUACACGCGUACAUAACGCUUAAUUCCAAAAUCGUUAGACUAGUUCGCGUGGUACGAGAUUAAAUUGGAGAUCCAUUACUGCAGUCUUAGAAUUCUGAACUCACCAUUAUUGUAGUAAGAAAUUAAGCUAAGUUCUAAGAUCUAAAAAGGAACUGAAUGGACGGAAUAUACGAUUAUUUUUCUCCAAUCUUAACUGGAUAAAUAUAAGCCAGACUUCUAAUCCCACAAUUCAAAUGAUACUUAGAUAAAUAGAAAACUAUUUAAGAGGUUCUAGGGCGCUACAAAGUUUAAGGAUCCGAAAUUCGCUAUGCAGAUACGAGAUAAUACUUUGGUCAAGGCAACAAAAAAAUAAAAUUGUCAGUAUCUAGAUAAGGUCUAGAUGAGGUCAGAUAGAUUUAAAAAAAAUGUUGAUGGUAAAAAAAAUAUUGAAUUCUUUUCUUUUAAAUUUAUUUGGUCUGAACUUGUGAUUAUUCAAUGGGCGUGAUCAACUUAAAAAAAAAAAAAUUAACAAACCCCGUAACGAAUACUUUUGUGCAACAGUGUAAGUACCUAUGCGUGCUUCCGCAUUACCUAUGAUCCCCUAAGCGAUCCAACAAAGUGGCAUCAAAGUUCAUUAAUGUUUAUUUUUUUUUACAUUUUUCUAUUUAUUUUGUCACAGCACGAGCGCCCACUUGACCUAAGCUUUAAAUAUUAAGCUUCUUCUAAAUUGUUUCUAUGAAAAAUAACAUGUUCACGACUACAUUGACGAGAGAAUUGUUUCAUUUGCGCAAGCGGAGAGCCGUAGACGGUCAUACAGCGCGCUCUAAGUAUUGUAAUUCAUAGUUGCAGCUAAGCCGUUAGACUUAAAGAGUGGAACGUAAUGACGGGCGAGAGCCGACCGGUUGAAUUGCAAAUUCCGAUGCCCUGGGGUUACAUAGCCGCAUGUUGGUAUGGCGAUCCGCUGAGGCGGCCGCUGCUCGCUCUACACGGUUGGCAAGAUAACGCCGGCAGUUUCGCACGUUUGGCGCCACUUAUUGCAUCGCAGCGACCCAUUCUGGCUAUCGAUUUGCCCGGUCACGGACGUUCGUCGCACUUUCCUGCCGGCAUGUCAUAUCACUUUAACGAUUUUCUACGCGUCGUGCAUCGUAUUGUUCGCCAUUACAAGUGGCGUAAAAUAUCUUUUCUGGGACAUUCGUUGGGUGCCGCGCUAAGUUUUUAUUAUGCCGCACUCUUUCCGAACACAGUCGAUGUGAUUAUAGCGAUUGAUGCGUUGACCACGCUAUAUUUUCUGCCGCAUAUACAGAUCGAUAUGAUGUCCGUGAUAACGGACAAGGCGCUGAACGAAGAGGAUCGCUUGCGUGGGCCAGCGCCGGUGCCACUUUACAGUUAUGAGAAUUUAACUGAUUUGCUGUAUCGUGGUUCAGAGCAAUCGGUGGAGUUGGAACAUUGCAAGUAUCUGUUGGAGCGUAGCGUUCGGCUGGCCGAGGGUCACUCGGAUAUGUAUUAUUUCUCACGUGAUACCCGCAUUAAGCUGAUGGAAAUGGUUUUUACGCAGCCGGAACUGGUGCUGGCGUUGGCUAAACGCUUGCGUAACAUCCAUUACCUCGUCAUUAAAGCUGAGCACUCGUAUCACAUAGAGGUGGAGUAUCUAAGUGAUGUCUUUCGUAUUCUGCGUGUAAAUAACCCCACUUUCGAGUUUCAUGUCAUGAAAGGUGAGAAGCAUCAUGUUCACCUGAAUAGUCCUGAUAAAGUGGCGGCGUAUGUUGUGCGUUUUCUACGUAUGCACGGCGGAGUGAGGUGUAAACCCGCGGAGGCUAAUCUCUAGUUUUAAGCUUUUUAGAAUAAUAAUAAAAAAAAGGUAUCGUAAGCUCGUUUUCACUUCGGAACUUUCACUAGAACUUCGUUAAGUUGAAAAAAGCUUCGUGGGGUAAUAAGAUGUGGCUGAGUUUUAUAUUCGGUGGAAGUCCACCACAACGCUUCGGAUUAUUUGGGAUAUCAAUUGAAGGCCAAGACUUCUGCUGCAGAUUUCUAUUUAUUUUUGUCUGCUAAUCUCAGCUUGUAUUUUUUCGCAUCGCAUUUUUUUAUAAGCUCGACUCCAGAGGUUUAAUUUUUUAGGCAUUACUUUGGGGAACCCCUAUCUCUUUCUCUCUCUAUAAGGAAUUUUAGGAUAAUCUCAUGCGCGUAGUUUUGGAGAGAGACAAAUUUAACAGUUGCGACAAGUGCCUACAAAAUUUCAAGUCAUUAUAUCUCAAAGAGCGAACGCGAUAGUUAUCGUGAUAGGAAAAUUAUAAUGCUCAUAUAUAUCUCAGUUUCUGUAGGCUUCUUAAAGAUUUGAGAAGCAUUUUCAAAACAGAUCAAGCUCUUUUUAAACCGGAAUAUUACUUUGGAAGUGAAACUGGCAAUAACUACAAAAAUAUGAUAAAUCGCAUGCAAUAAUUUUCCAUUCACUCAUUUUUCUAUCGUUAAGGUGAAUAAUAGCCAAAACGUAGGAGAAACCCAUUUCCCCAAUGUUAAUUUUCAUAUCGUUUCUCCUGUGGUGAAACCGGCGUCAUAGAGGAGUGCGAAAGGAGAAAUUUCUUCAGUUGGGGUAAUGUUGCGUGGUGACUUUUGAAUGGUGAAUGGUGACAAUUUUUAAGUAGAUUGCAAUGUAAUUGAAUCAAG